UCGUGGUUGGCAGUGUCGCUCCAUCAUCCGCAAAUCAAAUGUUUGUAGAAUAGUGCGGCGGGCGUGUUCGACGUUUGAAAAUUCGAAUUCCUCGAGACGAUCGGCUGCUGCUCGAGGAAGUGUGUGUAUAUUCCGCUCGUCGAACGAUGUCCGGUGAUGUGCAGCCAAGAAAGCGAAAGGACAAGCGGCGCAAAAAAGCAGAUGGGGAAUACACUAUACAAAGGAUACGUGGUGCAAGUAUCGACGAUGAAGAUACUGGGACUCCACCGCCUACUUUGAUCAGCCCGACCGAUACUUCUGCGGAAAAUGUGUCUAUUCAUAUCUAUAAAGAAAGCAGCACAGGCGGACAUUGGUGUGCACGUAUCAUAUUCUUUGUUUUACUAGCCGUUCUCGUUGGACUGAUCGGUAUAAUAAUCUUUGAACACAGAGGGACUACAGAUGUCGACACGCCAGUAGCAUCGUCACGAUGGGCAAAUAUAUUUGAAGGCUGGGUAGAUGAUUCGUUACCUAGUCAUGGUGACGAGCCACACGAUCAGGGUGAAACAUCAGAAGCGAGUGAAGAAGCAUUAGAGGAGGAGGAAGAAAAAGAGGAGCAUGACGAGGAAGAAUCUGCAGAAGCUGAGAAGGAAGAGGAAGAAGGGGAAGGAAGUAUAGAACAGGAAGAUGAAGGAGAUGAAGGAAUCGGCGAAGAAGAAGAAGAAGAAACUGAUGAAAGAGAAACAGGAGAAGAAGAAGAAGAGGAGGAGGAAAUAGAUGAGGAAGAAGGAAAUGAACAAGAAGGAGAAGAAGAGGAAGAAGAGGAAGAAGACAAUGCAGAAUCUGAGGAGGCAGUAGAUGAUGUUGAUAGCAAAGAAGACCAAGAAGAAGACGAAGGUAUUGACGAAGGGGAAGCCGAUGAAGAAGAAGACGAUGAUGCACAACAAGAAUUCGACGAUAAUAGUAUAUUAGAAGAGAUUGAUAAUACAAAUGAAGAUGACGAUGCGGAUGAAGAAACUGAUAUACCUGACAAUUUUGAUGCGGAAUUUGACGCUAGUACUGAGGCAGCUGACGACAGUUUGGAGGACAAGGAUAAUGAUGUGUCUGAAGAAUUCACGGGUAUACCUGGUGUUAAUGAUAUCGACGAUAAUAGUGCGGAACCCCUAGAAGAGAUAGAAAGUGAAGAACCUGAAGAAGAUGUAAGUGAUGGAGACAGUGAACCUGAAGAAGAAGAAGAGAUCGAAGAAGAAUCUCCUAGCGUGGCUGUGAAGUUCGGAGUCGGUGUUGCACUUCUCGUUGCUGCACAUUUCGUUCUCGUUAGACGGUGGAACAACGUUGAUAUUUCUUCACGGAAUACAACCGACACAUCUGACUUUGCAAGACGCAAUACAAUAGUUUCACCUCCUCAUAUUAAACAAGUAAUCAAAACAGUUGAAAAUAUUGAAAGUAAAGUACGUGCGCAAUCGCAAGUAGAAACUUAUGAAGACUUAAGGUCUAAGUACAGUAAUCUGCAAGAAGAAAAUGUUCUAACUGAUGUAGAGAAACUAAUCCCACAAAGUGGAGUGAAAGAAAAAGAUGUACGGUCAACUCAAGGCAAAGCUAAAGAAGAAAUUAGUGAAAAUCGAGGUCAAUCUAAAAUAAUAUCAUCUGAAGAAGAGGAAGAAGAAGAUGAUGAUUACGAAGGUGACGAAUUAGAAAUAUCAGAAGGCGAGCGUAUUUCUGGUGCAGAAGAUUAUGAAGAAGAAGAGGUAGAAGAAGAAGAAGAGGAGGAGGAGGAGGAAGAAGAAGAUGAGGAAAUUGAAAAUGUGGACGAUUCGGAGUUAAUAGCUAAGCUUGAUGCAAAAUAUGGAAAAUUACCUACUCCUCAAGAUAGUGAAGCUGAAGAAGAAGAGCAGGAAGAAGAAGAGGAAGAAGAAGAAGAAGAAGAGGAACAUGAUGAAUUGCCAGAAUGGAAACAUGUUAAAACGCCAAAGGACUCCCAAACGAGAAGACCUACUCAACAAUCAACAGGAAUAAAAAAUAAAGAAGCAGAUACUACUCAAGCUAAAGGUGGAGGAAAAGUUCAUAAUUUUAAUAACGUGUCAAAUACUGAUGACGUAACCGUUCAUGAAGAAAAUGAGUCUAAGGUACCUCAAAUUGGAGAAUUUCUCGAUUAGAAUAUAUGUGCGCGUUCCUGUAAGAUAAUUUUGAUAUAAACUUGUUUUCUCAAGCAAUGAGAAAAAUUACUGUUUUCUGUACAAACGAUCCUACGUUUGUAUUGUACAUUAUUAACACAAUGUGUGAUUUGCAGUUUCCAAAUAUUAGAAUACCAGUCAAUUUCAUGUAUAUAGAAAAAUUAUAAUCUUCGUAUUUCUCCAUAUUCUUAUUUUUCAUCUAUUUAUUAUCAACUUAUUAUCUGUUUCACUUUUAUUUGUUGUACAUAAGAAUAUCUUGACUUAAUUCAAAUGUUUCAAUUUUGUUAAAAGAUUUAACUAUUGAUAUAUAACAUAUAUAAAAAUGAUAUAUCAAAGACAUUAGAUUUUUACAAAGAGGACUGAUCUAAUAUAUAUUUAAAAUAGAAUUAAUACGAAGGAAAAGAAAAAAAAUAUCACUUUUAUCAGAUAUGUCGUAACUGUCCAAAAAUCAAUAAAUUAUACACAAAAAUAUAGCAUGAAAAAUUUUAAUAUAUAUAUAUAUAUUUAUAUAUAUAUACCCUUGCCUUUUCAAAAGGUCAAUGUACAGGCAAAAUUAAAACUGCAUAGAUUCUUUUAUAUAUAUAAAGUGAUUUAUUCGAAAUGUUUACAAUGCAAGAAAAUAAUAGUCUUGUUACAUGUACAAAUAACAUUACUUCACUCAGACCUGAAAUAUUUUCAGGAUAUUUAACAAAUAUAUGACAUAUUCUUUUCAUGAAAAGAGAGAAAAUUAUUCUAUCUUAAUAUUUUAUAUCGGUAUGUAUAUUUUCCUGUUAAUUGAUUUUCAAACGAGUAUGUAUUUGAAAGAUAUUGAAUGAGCGCAUGCAAUAUAAAAUAAAUUUUAGCCCACAGUAAAAUAUUUUACAUCUUCAACGCUUAAGCACUCAUGAAAAAGUAUAUAUGUGUUAAAUCUUUAAAAUUAAAAAAAAUUUGAUAAUACAUUGUAAUAAAUGAAGCUUUUUUCUUUUAUUCGUAUAUUUUUAUAUAAGAAAAUAUAUAUAUUAGAUAAAACUUGCACGGAUCAAUUUGAUCGAAAGUCACUAGUAGUGAGCGCUUAAGUAUUAAAGUUUUAUGAAACAUAUGAAUUCUCCUGUUAUGCAGCACAAAACAUGAUACGAAAUAUUUUAUAGUGUAAAAAUAAGAUUUUUAUUUUAAAAUAAUUAAGUAUUGAAAAAUUC